UCCUAAUCGCUACCCGACCCCCACAUCGUCUUUCUUCUUCACGUUGAAAAAACAAAUAACAAGAUAAAGGGCAGUCACGUGGAUGGUAUCCCCGCGUGCUGACCUUCUGCACCAACGUCUCUCUCAAAAAAGUACAGUUGUAGCAGAAGCAGAUGUGGAAUCGUCCUUGCUCACAGGAGAUCGUUCCACGUUGCAUCUCGAGGACAAGGGAGUUGAAUCAGCCGUCCAUCCCCUUUCCUCUUCAGGAAUAGGUUUGAAACGUGAGGAAAAGGUGUUCAUCCUACUUUUGGAUUGAAGGUUUGGGUUUUGAAUUUGAUUUUUGGAUUUAGAAAUCAAUAUUCCAUUUCUACCCUUUUCCCUCCCAAAAAUUGGUAACCCUAAUCUCCCUCCUAUAUAUAUUCUUGUUCGUUCACUGUGAAAAGGUUUUUUUUUUGGGGAAAGGAUUUUUAGAGAUUAAAUUUUUCUAGCUUGGGAUUUUCCACGGAAAGUGUGAGAACAAUUUCAUAGGAGAGAGGGGAAUAUCGAAAGAGGAAUACAGAGAGAAGCAAGUAGAAAAUAGAGCUUUCUGAGGAGCUAAAUUUUUUUUCUCUGUUCGAGAGCUUUGUUCGGGUUGUCUUGUUGCUGCUUAUAUCGGUGGUUGUGUACCAAAGGUCGUCGGGAAGCUCUUCCCUUGCUCGUUCUUGUCUCUAUUUCGCUGCCCAGGAAACGAUAUGGAUCGUUUCCCAAAGUUCAACAUUCGUCUCAGCGCCACCUCAACUGACGAUGUGGUAUGAUAAUUUUGAUGGGAAUCAUAGAAGAACCCUCAACAAAUACGUGGUUGCAUUAACAGAACAUAUCAACAUGAACGGUUGGCCGGAACUGGUUGAGGUACUUACGGGAUAUUCGGAUAGCCAGAGGAUGGUGUUACGAUUCGGAACCGCCGAAAUUACCCCGACUUUGGAGGAAAUAAGAGAUUGUAUAGACACAGUAGGCACUGGGAUAGAAAGUAGAGCAAAAAAACAAGAAGACAUCUUCGUCCCCAAUAUCCGUAGAGGAUAUUGCGGACUGGUUUGGGUUGGGAAAGGACUUUGCCUACUGGGGCCAAGAAUUCCACGUAGCAUUCAGGGACCUUUAUAUCCGAUUUGUACAUGCAAGUUUCUAAGCCACUAACAAUCCAGAGUUCAAUAUCCCCUACAGAGAAUGGAACGAGAUUCGUCCUCUAACAUUUGCUGUGGCGUUAUUGGGAACAAUGGUCUUCCCUCAUGGUUCAAAUUUGAGUAUCAAUACUCGAGUUAUAACACUUGUGCACACCUUGUUCAAAGGGUAUGAGAACCAAGGUCUAACAAAAUACUACCCUAUAGCUCCGGUCAUCCUGUCCGACAUGUAUCGAGCCUUGGGAAUGUGUAAAGAGGGACAUGGAUACUUCCAAGGAUGCAACCUACUUCUUCAGUGGUGGAUCCUCAGCCAUUUAGAAAAGGGUGCUGGGACUCGGGAGCUGCAUACUCUUGACAACAAGAAUACACUCAAGGAUUUGAAUGACCCGUUGUACUGGGCAAAUAUGAACAAUCGGAGAACAAGGGGGAGAUGGGCUCAAAUUUUCUCCGAAUUGAGAGAAGAAGACCUCCAAUGUAUGCUCGACCGUUUUAUCUCCAAAGAAGUCAUCGUGGAGAGCCGCAGACAGGUUGUGCUUCCUCUUCCAGGAAUUCGGGGAAUUCGCCCUUAUGCACCAUUUAGAGUAUUGCGACAGUUCGGGAAGAGACAAACUGUACCCAAAGAAGCAUACUAUGGCACUUACGUAUACGAUAUUGGAGAUGAUAGAGUGCACGACGCGUCUGAAAUGUUCAGAGAAUGGAAAAGUGCCAAGCGUAUGGAUAAAGACACCAUUGCCCCUGACCGAUUCAAUGCUGGGAACGUCAAAGGUUACAAAGAAUGGCUGAAGAAGGACAUACAAAACGUCUUCUUUCAAACCCCGCGUAGCUUUCGCAGCGUAACGGGCCGAGAAGCCAAAGCAGUGUCCGAGAUAGAAGAGGUAAAGGAAGAGGCCAAAGAGGUGUACGCUAAGUUCGUCGAGAACAAAGAUAAUCUUGAGAGGGUGACUCAAGAGGUUGAAAGACAGAGGCGUGGUUAUGAUGAUUUUGAUAACUGGAUCAAGGGGAAAAUCGAGAGGAUGCGAUAUGAAAGCUUGGAAGACAAAGGACGCCUGGGUGAAGGUUUCUUGCUGCUGCUAAGAUAUAUGUUUCAGCAUCACAAGGCUCAGAGGGACGAUGACGGAGCAGGAUCAUCUGGAGGGACAUAGUGGACCUCACCCCUGCGUGGGUUUUUUUAUAUGUAUUUACAUUGUUUUAGCCCCUGCGUGGGCCUGCCUUUAUUGCACUUUCAAAUGGCCCCUGCGUGGGUUUGUCUUUAAUAUUUAUUUUCCCUUUGUGAACAUUAUUAUUCACUAGUAAAUUUUAUUUUGGGGGGAAUUGUUUAUUUGGUUCAA